AUGUUAAUACUCUUCGACCUCGACUUUCCGAACUUCGUCGCCGCCUCCUGGAGCUUCAACCAAAUGUUCUUGCUCUUCAAGAAACGUAUGUGCAACCAGGACCUCAUCGAUUAUCCCCAUACGUCCAAUAUCACAAAUCACCUCAAACAAAUGGAAAUCGACCUUAGCGACUUGAACACUCUAUACGGUACAGCAAAAGAAGUGUCGCCUCUAGCGAGCGAUUUCCUCUUCACAUUUUCUGUGAACUUGUACAAGCAGCUUCAAGCUGAGGAGGGAACCAACAGCAAUAUCGUAUGCUCCCCAUUCAGCAUCGCUGCCGCCCUGUCCAUGAUCAAUGCGGGAGCCAGGAACAACACGCAGAAGCAGAUUAGCCACCUCUUACACGUGAAAGACCCCGACGUCCACGAUAAAUUCUGCGUCUUCUUUGACCGCUUCUGCUUUCUGCCGCCGGAAAUGAUGCUGUUUAUCGCCAGUCGAAUCUACGCUUCUUUCGAAUUCAGUCCUCUGGAGGACUUCGCCUGCCUGUUGAAGAAGAUAUAUAAGAGCUCCAUGAAAGGCAUCGAAUUCAGAGGCGACCCGAACGUCUCCCGCUGCCAGGUGAACUCAUGGGUUGCCGAGACUACCAAGUUCAUGAUCAGGAACUGCCUGCCUCUGAACGCCUUUCAGAAAACGACGCAGGUGGUCCUGGCAAACGCGGUCUACUUCAGGGGCUUCUGGGACUCCCCGUUCAGACUGGACGCUGCGUCCCGGGUAGCGUUUCACGAGGACGCCACAACCACCAAAGCCGUGGACAUGAUGUUUCGGCGGGGCACGUUCAUGAUGUGCUACAGCGACGAGCUCAAGGUCACCGCUCUCAAGAUUCCCUACAGGGGCGGCAAGAUGUCCCUCGUGGUUCUCUUUCCGGAGAAAGUGGACGGUCUCACGAACCUCGUGAAACAACUGACGCCGUACAAGCUGACCCGCCUCCUGAGGGACGUCACGCGGCCCAUGCGCAUUGAACUGAGGCUCCCCAAGUUCAAGCUGGAGCACACCAUCGACCUGAAGGAGACGCUGAGUGUGAUGGGUGCCACGGACCUCUUCACGGAACGUGCAGACCUGUCUGGCAUGAGCGUUCCCCCCGUGCCCGCUCUUCUCCAGCGCCAUCCACAAGUGCGUGCUGGACGUGUCAGCCUUACGCUGGAUCACCCCUUCAUGUUCCUCGUUGAGCACCAUGAUCCCGUCGCCAUUAUUUUAAUGGGAGUACUUCGCAAAAUUUAA